GACGAAUCCCAGGAGCUCGGUUGGCCUUGCUAGGACUUGUGCACAAGACCCGAGAGCUGACCACCAAAUUUGUCCGAAAUGUCAAUAAAGUAUGUAUGAGUUUCUCUUGUCUGCCUGUAUCCUAUUCCCAUCGGCUUGAGCCUCGAACGAGCCCUAGGCCAUCGUCCUCAUCAUCCCUCCCCUUACCUAACCUCCCCCUUUCUUUCCCCUUUCUCUCCCAUCCGCGACUCCUAGGAUGUAAUAUCCGUCCUUAUCCUCCCUGAGAGCCUCGCUCUUUAUUCUACGCUUUGCAUGCGUAAUUAAUCUUGCGCCGUUCGUCUCCCAUCGUCAUAAUGGACUACGGCCUUCACGACCAACAUGCGUCGUAUAUCCUUAGCCAGAGCAACCGGGGUGAGGAGGACACUAACUUGGAUGCUAGCUGGGUCAUGCUGUCCCGGGCCGGGGAGAUAGAGCCUCUGCCGCAUGAGACUAUCCUACACAGGACAAGAGGCAGGAUAGCUCUCAGCAUAACCGCACCGAACCAACCAGCCGGCGUCCCUCCUCUCAGCAUCAAGAGCGAGAGUGGCACGGCAUACAUAACGAACCAAAGGUUGAUCUAUCUACCUUCCAAGCCUACGGAUCAAUUCAAGUCUUUUUCAUCUAAGAUAUUAGCCUGUCAGGACAGCCGCAUGUGUUCAUCAUGGAUAGGCCCGUGGUAUUGGGAGGCUCUUGUGAGACCAGUACCUGACGGCAAUAUCCCGCCUGAGUUUCCGAGGGUGAAUCUGAGAUUGACAUUCAAGGAUGGCGGUUCUAGCGAAUUCGAAUCGAAAUUCGUGGAGCUUAAAGCGCGCCUUCACCACGCGGCGCAGAUUGCGGAGGAAUCGGGCCAAAGCAAUUGGGCACAGACAGUUCAUGACGAACAAUUACCAGAAUAUAGUGGCCCUCAAGGUGGCGAUGGCGCCAGCCAAGUAAACGAGGUGGCUCGACGGGCAGACGAAGCAGUUCGAGAACAGCAGGCCCACCAGCAAACUCCAGAUGAGCCCCCACCAAACUAUGACGAGGCUCAGGCUCAGGCGGUCAGCAUGCGCUUCGACGAACGAAUGCGGGAAGAAGCAGAAAGGGAAUGAUGAAGUCGGCCUAUAAGCCACUAUAGAAUCUCGAAGCCGUCGUCUGAUGUCGGCGACGAAUUCGGUUACUUAAGGUCCUUGGUUAAUGGGUCUUUUUGGAAUCGACACAAUAAGAAUUUGAUACCCCUGCCACUGAAAAACGACAUUCGGUGUGCUAGCGUAGCUACUAUCUACGUGUUUGUAUCCUGGUCAUAUUCUAAGCGCUAUUAGGUCGGCAGAUUCGUAGCUUAAAGGGUGACGAAGCCGAUUUGCGAGGAAAGUGAAGAUAAGGAAAAGAAUAAUAGGUAUCUAUCUAUACUACAAGAAUAACAAGCGGAAUACAAUGCGAACAGCUAGUUGUGUCGUAUGAAGAACGAGGGUCUAGCUAUUUCUAGUACCUAGGUCUAUUAGGUGAAGCGGCGAGCUACAGCUUGCGUCUCCUGCUAAUAGGUUUUCGGAGUUGUAGGUUUUAGCACAGUGGCGAUCAGGAAUUAAAAUACCUAAGUCAAAGAUUAGUGAUCUUAUGAGAGUACACAUACCGUACCUAGACAUCGAAAUGAUGCCAUUUACGUAAAUACUGUUGACGAAUGGUGGAUAUAAAGCGCAUAUUUCUCUAUCC